AUGUCGUCCGAGAACGUCUUCCUCAUCUGGGGUGGUGAGGGAUGGGUGGCGGGCCACUUGAAGACCCUCCUGGAAAGCCAGGGAAAGAAGGUCUUCACCACCACCGUCCGCAUGCAGAACCGCGAAGCUGUCAUCGCCGAGAUCGAGAAGUACAAGCCAACCCACAUUCUCAACGCUGCGGGGUCCACCGGCCGGCCCAACGUCGACUGGUGCGAGGACCACAAGGAGGAGACCAUCAGAAACAACGUGAUCGGUACCAUUAACUUGGCCGACUGCGCCUACGAGAAGGGCAUCCACGUUACCGUCUUUGCCACCGGUUGCAUCUACGUCUACAAUGACGCCCACCCCAUUGGCGGCCCAGGAUUCACCGAGACUGACAAGGCCAACUUUGCUGGCUCCUUCUACUCCGAGACCAAGGCCCACGUCGAGGAGAUCAUGAAGCACUACUCGAACGUGCUCAUUCUGCGACUCCGCAUGCCCGUCUCUGAUGACCUCCACCCCCGCAACUUCGUCACCAAGAUCGCCAAGUACGACCGAGUGGUCGACAUCCCCAACUCCAACACCAUUCUCCACGAUCUCCUCCCGGCCUCCAUCCUCCUCGCCGAGCACAAGGAGCUUGGGAUCUACAACUUCACCAACCCAGGUGCCAUCUCUCACAACGAGGUCCUCGCUCUCUUCAAGCAGUACGUCCGCCCCGACUUCACCUGGAAGAACUUUAGUCUGGAAGAGCAGGCCAAGGUCAUCAAGGCCGGCCGUUCCAACUGCGAGUUGGACACCACCAAGCUGGUCAAGAAGCUCGCCGAGUACGACUUCAAGGUGCCCGAGAUCCACGAGGCGUACAAGGGCUGCUUUCAACGCAUGGCCGCUGCUGGGGUGAAAUAA